GUUCCUCGCCACAUCCACAGAGCAGAGAGACCCGCCCCCCCUUGGAUCCGAGCCGUAAAGUGAUCUGAAAGCCCCCAAAGUGUAAACUUUUCCUCUAAUGCCGUGGAGCUUAUUCUCUAGCAACAAAAUGUCGGCGGACCUGCUAGAGAGGGAAUUAGUUUCCUAUUACAAAACAUCUCAAUGUGAACAAAAUAUGUGUGAUGACCACAAACAAUUGGGUGCAAAGCUACAACUGCUUAAAACGUUUUUUUUUACCUACAGUAUUUAAUUUAAUUUUAAUUGUCAUCAUAAACCCCUAGAAGACAACAAUUCAAUACUUUUGGGGCUUAAGUUAUUACAUCUCAUCUCAUGCCCUUAAUAAAUCAUAUAGUUUAACUAUCAACGACAACAUAACCAAUAACACAACAAUGUCCAAGCGGUCCUUUUUACGCAUGCAGGUGUAUCCUCCCUGCGCCAAAUAAAGAAACUUGGUGACAGCUGUAGAUCCGGGCUGAGAAACCCGAGACAGCAACUCGGAAAGACCCAAUGCCGGAAUUCCCAGAGACCCUUAAGCUGUCCAGCAGCCCCCCCGCCCAGACACCAGCAGGAGCAACACGUAGACUAGAACAUGUUGGAUGUCCUCUUAUCAUGGUUACCUCUCGCGCGUUGCUGACGCUGCUAUAUUUGACCUAUAUUUUGACGACGGCCGCGCAAUAUGAAAACUAUAACUUCAGGAAUUUCCCCGCGGAGGAGCUCGCGCCCCUCGCGACCGCUUACGGGCUGGCUUUGGACCAUUACGCAGCGGAAAGGUGGCCCGAAUCCAUCGAGCACCUGGAAUCGUGUUUGCGUUUGCGCAGGCUCCUCCGCGACAGCGCGAGGUACUGCGCGCUGCACUGUGACGGCACCGAACACCGCGAACCGUCCACCGGGGGGGACCGGGACACCCGGGUCCACUGGCGCCUUGUGAUGGGAGCGAAUUGUCAGAAGAAGUGCAGAGCGCAUUUCCCCGCGUUGCAGCUCCCUCCUCCCGGCAGACACAUCCUGGAAGAGUUCGACAGAAGGUCUCCCUACAGAUAUCUGCACUUUGCUUACUCCAGGUUGAAUGACCUGCAGAGGGCUGUCCCGUGUGCCUACACGUACCUCCAGAAGAACCCCGAGGACCAGGAGAUGCGGCGGCUGAUGGAGGAGUACAAGAGCCAGUACGACCUGAGCGGAUACCUCACGGACCACGAGGGGCACCCGCACGAGUCGUCCUUUCUGAGGGGCGUGAAGCUCGCCGAUUCGGGCGACCACGGCCGCAGUGUGGAGCUCCUGGAGGAGGCUCUGAGGCUCUACCUGCACGAGUACGGCCUCUGUCAGGCCGACUGUGAGGGGGUCGUCCACCUCUCCCCGCACCAGGACUUCUAUGCAGCCAUGGCAGAUGUUUACACCGACACGUUGCGCUGUAAGCUGAAGUGUGAAGAAAACUUGAGGCCCAAUGUCGGUGGUUAUUUUGUGGAACCAUUUGUUGCCACUGUAUACCACUACCUACAGUUCGCCUAUUACAAGUUGAACGACGGGCGCCGCGCGCUGCCCUGCGCCUACAGCUACUUCCUCUUUGAACCCGAGGACGUGGUCAUGAGGCAGAACCUGCAGUACUACAAGGCCUACGGCGAGCAGUGGGGCCUCGGGCCGGACCACUUCGCGCCCAGGAGGGAGGCUGUAGGCCACUACAACCACACCGUCACUCUGAAGCAGAUGCUGACAUCUGCAGAGUCGUACUUGAAGAUGGACGAUGAGGAUUUUCUUGGACCAGAGGAAGCUGCACUUUUUUCCUCCGAGUCUCCCGACAUGGAGUUUGAAGGGAUCGGAGACUACGAGGAGUCCAUCUACGCUGAGUGGAGACAGCCGGAGGGCAAAGGAGACGCCGGGGAGACAAAUGCGUGAAGCGAGCCGAGAGCGAGAACGUAACCCAACGGUAGAUCUGAUAAACAACAUAUAUAAAACAUUGUUUUCAAACCAAUCAUGGUUUAUUACCAUAUGAAUGGAGUGAACUACCUAAAAAAAUAUGCUCCUGUAAGCAUGUACGUUAAUGCAAAAAUCAUGUACUUUCAAUUAGCAGACUCUUUUUUUCUUCCAAUUAGCAGGUAUCAUUGGAUCAAUGCAAAAAAACAAAGAAACUAAGAAUAAAUAUAGUCUGUAUGUAUAUGGAAAAUACUUUUGUUCUUAAUACUAUGAGAGGCACAGAUACUAAGAUCUCAUUCCAGUCCUCCACAGACCCUGUAGAAAACCCCCCCAACGUCCAGCAGAUAUUUAUAAAUAUUUAUAAAGACAACCGGAUUCGUAAAUAGGAAGAACUACAAGCUGUUUAAAGUUAACUCUCACUGGUACUGCGAAAGUACUUUUUAGAAGUCCAAAAUGUCCAACGGAACA